AGCAGCCUCUUCUAAUAUUGACGUAUUUUUAUUAAUAUUUUUUUAUGGUAUCGAGUCAUUCUAUCACAGUUAUGAGUGUUCUACACGGACAUAUUAUCAGGUGUGAGACGUUAUGAAAAAAAAGUGAAAUAACCGAGUCCUGACACUCACUUAGCAGGUAUUCCUUCAGUUGAGAACUUACUGGUGUCGGCUUACUGGUAUCACUGUUGAUUAAUGGUUACAGCUUAUUGGGCAGUCGACUGUGGGGCAGGUCUACACUGUUGGCGAUCCAGGGAGACCAAAAAGAUGUCGUCAAGGAGCUUACUACUGCUCUCCAACUCCACUGUUCAUGGCAGUGGGUACCUGGAGUGGGCUGCUCACCAUAUCAAGGAGUUUUUGACUGGUAAAAAUGUGAAGCGGGUAUUAUUUGUGCCUUACGCCCUCCGCAAGAUGGACAAUUACGCAGAGACAGCUCAAAAGAAGUUCACAUCUUGGGGGUUUGAGCUGGACAGCAUACACAAAGCCGAAGAUCCAGUCUCUGCUGUGAAUAAUGCUGAAGCAAUAUUUAUUGGUGGAGGCAACACUUUCCAGCUUCUCAAGUCACUUUAUGAUAACAAAUUAAUUGAACCUAUUCGUAAAAGAGUACUACAGGAUGGUAUUCCAUACAUUGGGAGCAGUGCUGGGACUAAUAUGGCCACAGUGAGCAUCAACACCACAAAUGACAUGCCCAUCGUUUUUCCUCCGAGCUUCACUGCCCUGGCCCUCAUCCCAUUCAACAUCAAUCCACACUACAUUGAUGCCGACCCUGCCAGCAAACACAUGGGGGAAACUCGUGAAGAGAGAAUUAACCAGUACCACGAGAUCCCAGACACGCCAGCAGUGCUCGGCCUGCGAGAAGGGGCACUAUUACAUGUGACAGGACAAUCGGCUGUUUUAAAGGGACUACACCCAGCUAGACUCUUUAGAUGCGGAAAGCUUCCUGAGGAGUUCCCACUCAAUACAGACUUCUCAUUCUUACUACAGUAGCAGAAGGACUCAAGUGUUUAUGUAACAAGAGGCUUUAUUGAAGUGGGAUAUUUUAUUACUGUAUUUGAUUUAAUUAAAAAUAAUUUACAAACUUAAAUAAUACAUAUAUUAUGUACUACAGUAUAUAUCAGAAGUCUAAAUUAUAUACUGUAUAUGUGAGGUCUUGUAGAGCCACAUGUGGCCUUUGGAUGCCACACAAACCUUAAGGUGCCACAUGGGGCCUUAUGGUGCCCCAUGAAUCCAAAGAGUGUCCCAUGAGACCCAGGGGUGCCAUAUGAGGCCUUAUGGUGUCCCAUAAGACCCAGGGGUGCCUUAUGAUGCCACAGGAGCCUUGUUGGUAUCACAUGCGGCUUUUUGUUGCAACACGAGUCCUCAGGGUGACAUAUGACACCGUAUGGUGCCACAAAAAGCCUCAAAGUGCCUUAUGAUGAUUUAAGGUGCCACAUAAGGCCUUUUGUUAUCACAUGAGGCCUUUUGGUGCCACAUAAGAAUUUAUGGUGCUACAUGAAGCCUUAUAGUAGUGGUGGUGGCAGAGUUUACACUCAAGUAUACAGUACUUGCAGCUUUUCUGGCAGAUAAACAAAAAGGAAUAGACUGAAAAUGUGCACAUACAACAGUGAGUCGAGUCGCCCAAGGUUUGCCCAGACAAUUCUUGUAGGAGGGAGGUGUCCAGCUGGCGAUAGUGAUUUUUGAGGGUUGUCUGCAGGGUGGCGAAUUUGUCUUCAGCAAGAAGACUGGAUAUAACCUCCAAUACCUGUGUAGCCACCUCUGUGGGAAGAGUGCAGACCAAUGCAGUGUAUUUCUGUGGGUGUUGAUCCAGUUAGAUGAGAUAGCCAAUUUUCCAUUUUGUGGAGUCACUCUGGUGGAACCAAUGUAGUGUGUUUGGUCUGUUCUCUUUAGUUUGCUGUCUACUCUUUACAAACACGUACUGUGGUUUAGUGAUGUUCUGGUACUGGGAGAUGGGGAAAGAAAAACUAUUUACAAAAAUAGUUUGUUCUGUAGAAUGAUUAGCAGAGUGUCGGAGGCUGUAGUUGCGUCUGGAGUAGCUUGAAGAGUUGCAUCUGGUGCUGGAUGAAAGGUGUUGUUCUUUCUGUGGCUGGUGAGGAAGAGAGUGAAGUUGAUUGCUGGCAUGCCCCUUUAUUCCUGUACGGAACAGCGAGCCUCACUGUGCCGCACCGGAUCAGGGAAAUCAGUGGUGGUCUAUGAUUGUCCAGUGACAUUCUGUGCUUAAGCUGGUCUGAUAGCCAAUCAGUGUGCUGGGACCAAGAACGCUGAUGCCCAAUCAAUGCACUGACCAGAAGAGAGUGCAUGCUCGGAUGAAGGGGAUCCCUUACAUAAAGCCUCAUGUGGCACCACAAGGUUUACCUAAACAGUUCUGUAUUGUACUGAAAUUCUAAACAAAAUCAAGGUUUUCAAGUUAGCAGCCAAAACUGCACUACAGAAUUCACUGAUUCUCUCAGAAUUGUAAUAACAGAAACACUAAAUUUAGCAUAAAAAAUUACAGGCAGCAAGUACUGUACUCCACAUAUUGAUUAAAGAUAGAUUUAGUGAAUAACUAAAAAAAAAAAAAAAAUACGAGAGAAACUGUUUUCAGACAGUGGACCACACCAGAAUUUGUUGUAAUGUUCCUAAUACUUGUCGGUAAAAACCAAUUGGGACUGGGUACCAGUGAUAAGAAUCCAGAUUUUAACUUCAAAAAAUUUAUUUCUUUAGAAAUUAAAUAAAAAAAUGCCAUAAUACUACUAAAUACUAGGUACAUAAAUGCCUAUGGCUUUUGUAUACAUAAUGGAAGAACUUUGGUAAUAAAAGUUAAGCACAGAA